AUGGGGAAAGGAGAUCCUAACAAGCCCCGGGGCAAGAUGUCCUCCUACGCUUACUUCGUGCAGACCUGCCGGGAGGAACACAAGAAGAAACACCCGGACUCUUCCGUCAACUUCGCAGAGUUCUCCAAGAAGUGCUCCGAGAGGUGGAAGACCAUGUCUGCCAAGGAGAAAUCCAAGUUUGAAGAAAUGGCCAAAAGUGAUAAGGCCCGUUAUGAAAGGGAAAUGAAAAACUAUAUCCCACCAAAGGGAGAGAAGAAGGGAAAGAGAAAGAAGGACCCAAAUGCCCCAAAACGGCCACCAUCUGCAUUUUUCCUGUUCUGUUCUGAGCAUCGGCCCCGGAUAAAGACUGAAAGUCCCGGUCUGUCCAUUGGUGAUACUGCUAAGAAAUUAGGAGAGAUGUGGGCUGAACAGUCACCCAAAGACAAGCAGCCAUAUGAACAGAAAGCAGCAAAACUUAAGGAGAAAUAUGAGAAGAGUGAUGUUGGUAAGAAGAUUCCCGGCAGGCCAGCAAGCUCAAAGAAGAAGAUUGAGCCAGAAGAUGAUGAAGACGACGAUGAGGAGGAAGAUGAUGAGGAAGAAGAGGAUGAAGAAGAUGACGAGGAUGAUGAGUGA